CAGUCUAGAAUUAAAAACUGAUUGAGACAGAGAGAAAGAUUGCUUGAAGAAGACGAAGACAAAGGAGGAAACUUUCUUCUCAUUUCAAUUAAAAAAACCCAUUUUUUUCUCUGGGUUUUUCUUUCUCAUGUGAUUGCGCAAUUGGCUCUUAUCGUUUUCUCGCAAUCAUUACCAUUUCUUCCAAAUCAACACGCUCAAUUUCCGUUUUUUCUUAGAAAUUUCCUCGGAAAAUUUUGGUUGUUCCUGUUUCAUUCGUGUGAGAUUUGACUACUUAAACGCUCAGAUGAAGUCAUGAUAAUUAAGAAGCACAAGAGAGAGGAAAUUAGAGGAGUUCUUUGGUCAAGUUUUUGGGGAUUUGGUUGGGAUUUAGUCAGCUUCGAAGUGAGGAGCUGAAGAUGGAGAACGGCCAUGAGGAGAGAUUGGCUGAGAGAUUUUCAGGAUUGGGUCUUGAAGAUUCUUCUCGUUCGGCUGAGAACGAGUUUAAGAACGACAACUUGUUUCAGGUCAUCAAAGCUGUUGAAGCAGCAGAAACCACCAUCAAGGAGCAGGUGGAGGAGAAUAGCCGUUUAAAAGCUGAACUUCAGAGAAGUGCUCUGGAACUGGCUAAAUAUAAAUCAGAUGAAUUCUUGCCCCAAACUUCUAAUCUCGGAGAUCACUCAAAUUCUACCACUGUGUCCAGCCUGGUUCACCAGCCAGUUGACUGGAAGAAAAGUGUGGUGGUCAAAGCUUCAGAUGCUGAUUCAUCAGGCUUGCUGGUUGUUCACCCCCAUGUGAAUGCUAAUGGUGCAGAAGCUACUGUGAGUAAUCGUUUUGAAAGCCACUCUGAAGGAAAUAUAAUUAAUGGCAUUGUCAGAGGAGCUAUAGAUGGUGCUGGUCCCUCUCAAUUUGAUUCGUCAUUAUCUCCUAUGAGAAUGCGGUUGGAAGGAGAGCAUGUCGCACACGUCAGUUCGUCUACUCAUGGAUCUAUGCCAGUUGAUGAAGUAAAUCAUUCAGGCAAUGCAUGGAAGCAGGACCUCAUUCACAAGGUCCAGGAGCAGGAACAAGAAAUUUCGCACUUGAGGAAAUAUCUUACUGACUGUUCUGUUAAGGAAGCCCAAAUUCGCAAUGAAAAAUAUGUUCUGGAAAAGCGAAUUGCCUACAUGCGUCUGGCAUUUGAUCAACAGCAACAAGAUCUUGUUGAUACUUCAUCAAAAGCUCUCUCUUACAGACAAGAGAUAAUUGAGGAAAAUAUACGCCUAACAUACGCCUUACAGGCUACACAUCAAGAAAGAUCUACAUUUGUAUCAUACUUGUUACCUCUGUUAUCGGAGUAUUCUCUGCAACCACAGGUUUCUGAUGCUCAGUCUAUUGUUAGCAACGUGAAGGUUCUGUUUAAGCAUCUACAAGAAAAGCUCCUUCUUACUGAGACAAAGUUGAAGGAGUCAGAAUAUCAAUUAGCACCUUGGCAGUCAGAUGUGAACAACUCAAAUGAUUCCCCUUUGGCUCCAUCGCGCUCAGCUGGUGUAGCAUUAACCCACUCCACAAAGGAUUCCGUGUAUUCUCAUGAUCACACAGCCAUAGACUGGAAUUUGGAGCGCCAGCAGCAAGAUGAGCCAAGUAGCUCAGCUGUGAGGAAUUACCAUCUUGAUGAUUCUAGUACGUUUUCACCUCUUGUGAACAGUCAGUCGGCAGCCUUUGAGAUGCAUGUGCAACCAGGUACGAGUGUAGACGAAUCUCCUGCUCUGAAGAAAGUAGACGAAACUCCACCUAAGCAUGUUCAGUUUCUUGAGCCUAUCAGCAAGACGGUGGUCGACGAUGCCCAAAAUCCAUCAUAUAAGUCUGCGUUUGAUGACCCAAGCUCCUCAAAUUCUCCUCUUUUGUCCCCAGUUUUUGAAGAACAUCCUUCCUCCUUUUCUGAGGAUGGGGAUGAUGACCCGUUACCAGCUAUAGAGGACCUCCAAAUUUCAGGAGAACCUUAUCCUGGAUAUGAACUUCAGGCUUGUGGUUACUCCAUUAAUGGAACGACAAGUUGUAAUUUUGAGUGGGUAUGUCAUCUAGAAGAUGGAUCUGUGAAUUACAUUGAUGGAGCAAAGCAGCCAAAUUACCUUGUCACUGCUGAUGAUGUUGAUUUAUAUCUUGCUAUUGAGGUUCAGCCUUUGGAUGACAGAAACCGAAAGGGGGAGCUUGUGAAGGUUUUUGCCAAUGAUAAUCGCAAGAUCACUUGCCUUCCAGAGAUGCAAAGCAAUAUAGAGAAGACUCUUCAUACUGGUCAUGCUUCAUACAAAGUUUAUCAUGGGACUGGUUUCCUGGAUAUAUGGGAAGCAGCUACGUUAUCUAUUAAGAGAGAAGGUUACAGCAUCAAGUGUAAUAAUGAUCUCACAAUUGCAGAAAAGUUCUCAGCUUCUACUGCUGUAACAAUUCCGUUUGGGCAACCGGCAAAACUUGUUAUCAUUGGUUCUGAUGGUAGUGAGCAUUCCUUACGAGCAGAUAAUGGAUCGCCAGACCUUAUCGGCUCAAGAGAUGAAAUAGUACUCACCCUGAGAUUAUUUAUCAAGAGGGCUCUGCAGAGAAAGAAGGGAAAGAAGAGAGUAUUUUUGUUUAACAAAUGAGACUUGGUAUAUAAUAUUUUUUUGGCUCUGUGGCUUUUGUCAGCUGCAAAUCAAUUAGAGAAGAGGACUUAUGACACAAUUUAUUCAUGAGAAAAAUCAAUCUUUGUUUGUAUAAAAGCCCCACUUAAGU